AAAGCGUGAAAAGUUGUACCCACAAUGCCCUGGAAGGUGUAGAACGGAAGUUAGGUUAGCUGCAGACAUUUGGUGUUUUGCCGUGACUAAAUCGAAACAAAAAUCUUAAUAAGUAUGGAUCUCCCAAAGCCCCCAGACGAUUUAGAUUUGAAAAACAUCAUUGACAAGCUCGCCAACUUUGUUGCCCGAAAUGGACCAGAGUUUGAACACAUGACAAAGCAGAAACAAAAAGGCAAUCCUCGAUUUUCCUUCCUCUUUGGCGGAGAGUUCUUCAACUACUAUCAGUGCAAGGUGACCACGGAACAAGCAGUAUUCAGCCAACAAAAACAGAAGUUAGCCCAGCAACAGCAAGCGUUACAGCAAGUUAUAUCCCAGCAGGGUUUGCAGCCAACACCAUGGCAACAGAAUCCAGCUCUUACACAAAACCAGCCUAUGACACAGAACCCCUCCUUGGCACAAAGUCAAACACUAGCUGUUCCAGGCAUAGGAUCUAACCAAGGACUUGGCCCAAACCCUGGACUUGGCCCAAACCCUGGAAUUGGACCAAACCCUGGAAUUGGACCAAACCCUGGAAUUGGACCAAACCAAGGACUUGGGCCUAACCCUAAGAUGGGACCUAACCAAGGACUUGGGCCAAACCCUGGGAUGGGCCCUGGCCCUGGAUUAGGUCCAGGAAUGGGACCAAGUCCUGGGAUGGGCCCAGGUCCUGGGAUGGGCCCAAACCCUGGCAUGGGCCCUGGAAUGGGACCUAGUCCUGGACCAAAUCAGGGGCUGGUACCGACUCAAGGAAUGGGUCCAAGCCCAGGACUCUCACAGAGCACUGCCACUGGAGCAGCAGAUAUCAGCAAUACAACAAAGAUUCAGCAGCAUCAGAAUCACACAGCAGAGCAGGUGAAGCAGAGUGAGGCCAACCUAGCAGCUCAGUACCAGAGUCUCACCCAGCAACAACAGCACCAGAUUGAUGAAGCGAUAGCUAAUUCCCGAGACAAAAACUUAAACCAGUUGUGUAUGGAGUGUGAGAUGAAGAUGGAGGAGCUAGAUCGAACUGUGCAGCCAAUCAUUGACUCCUGCACGAAGGACUCUAUCCUGCAUGGCAAGAACUGGCUGAUGGUGCAUUGUGUGACUCAGGAUCAUUGUAACCUCAUCAGUCAGUACCUGCUCAAGAGAAUCACUUCCAAAGAGGCGUCCUUUUCUUUACGGCUGCAUUUGAUCUAUUUGAUUAAUGAUCUGCUUCAUCACUGUCAGAGGAAGAGCGUGGAGGAGCUGAAGCAUGCGCUGGAGAGGGUGGUGAUCCCCAUUUUCUGUGCAGCCUGUCUUGGAGUAGAUGAGGAUCGCAGACAGAAACUAACAAAGCUCCUGUCUCUCUGGGAACACAACAAAUAUUUUGAACAAGACACAAUUGAGGGCCUGAAGCAAAUGAAACAGCCCAGCCAGUCACUGUCAAACUAUCAGGCGAGUCUGAUCACGGACAAUGCCCAGAUCGUGACUCAAGUGACGGCCAAGAUCCAGGCCCAGUAUGCCGGCCUCCAGAAGCAACACCAGGACUUUGUGAACCAUCUCAAUAGCCAGCUGACUCAGCUGCAGUCACAGCAGCAGUCUCUGCAGCUGCAGCAGCAGCAGCAACAGCAAGCAGUAACCACAGCGCCACCACCAAUCAUAAUGGUGCAGGGUAACGUCUCUGGCGGAGUUGUCAACACAGGUGGCCCAGUACUCACACAGUCAGUGCCCCAUAGUGGAGACCCAGUGUUGGCCACCAGCAUGCAGUCAGGUGUCAACAUGCCGCCCACGUCAGGCCCCCAGAACCCGCCCCGCACACCUGAGGAAGACAAACCCCCACCCAUGAGACCGGGGACGAUGGGGAUAGGGAUGGGGAUGGAUGGAGGACCUCCCCCUCAACAGUCACCAGGACCCCCAAAUAUGUCUCAGCCGCCACCCUUGGGCCCUGGCCCAGCAUUCCCAGGGGCCUUCUCACAGCCACCCCCGGGCAUGCCCCCGUUCAGCACCCCACCCCCAGGCUUCAACCAGAGACCUCCUCCACAGCAGUUUGAUUACUCUCAUGGACUGGGUCCCCGAGGGAUGCCCCCAGCAGAUUUCCGUGGCCCUCCCCCUGCCGCACCCUUGCCACUCCCCCUUCCAGACCUCAGCAAGCCUCCCCCUGGAUUCCCAGCCUUACCUCCCUCCUCCCCCUCCCCCCAUGCUCCCCCUGGACAUGGACCUCACACCCUCGUCCCCUACCACGAGCUGCCGGCUGGACUGAUGGCACCCCUGGUCAAGCUGGAGGACACAGAGUACAAGCCUCUGGACCCCAACGACAUUCGACUGCCGCCUCCGAUGCCCCCCAGUGAACGCCUGCUAGCCACCGUGGAAGCGUUCUACAGCCACCCCAGCCACGAGAGGCCUCGUGAUAGGUAUGAGGGCUGGGAGAAACUGGGGCUGUACGAGUUCUUCAAAGCCAAACAGAGAGCAAAGAAAAUCAAAGAGCAAGAGAUGGCAGAAAAUCCAGGAAAGUAUCAGCAAGAUCGUGAAAGAAGUAGGUCAAGGUCAUGGUCACCACCCACGACAAGAGCAAGGUCACCUUCACCUCCCAGGAGGAGGCGCAGAUACAACAGUGGGGAGAGAAGACGAAGGUCAAGGUCACGCUCAAGGUCCAGAUCAAGAUCUCGCUCGAGAUCAGGCUCAAGAUCAGGUUCAAGAUCCAGGUCUAGAUCAAGAUCACCACUGCCGUACCUUCCAAGUAGUCGAUCGCCGACUCCAGCGGAUGUGAUGCCUCCACCACCUCGGGGAAAGUCACGCAGCCCAACACCACCAACUAUGAGUUCCUCGUUUGGAAGUAUGGCCGGCUUUGACCCCACACAUUCCUCAGAGCCCCGAUUGGGAGAAGACAACAAGGGUCACAUGCUGCUGAAGAAGAUGGGUUGGGGUGGCAAAGGUCUGGGGGCCUCUGAACAGGGAAUUGUGGACCCAAUCGAGGCGGGAGAUGUUCGAGACAGGCAGGACAUGUUUAAGGGCAUCGGUAUUGACAUGAAGGACCCCUUUGAGCAGUUCCGGAAAAACAAGAGUCAAGGCUUCAUCCAGCGCAUGAAGUCUCGGGACGAGAUGAGAGAAGGAGCAAAGAAGUCCAAGUCUGGAGACUGAAGGACAUUGAGUCUGUCAUCAUUGAAUCACUCAUUUUGUAUAUUUUCAUGUCAGAUACACUGGAAGAAUAAAUUGUGAAUAAUA